AUGAUGCUCACCCCGAUUCUGGCACUCGCAUUUGCCACCCUCACACCAAUUGUCAAUGCCUAUCCUAUAACCGGAAACGUCGUCAAUUGCCGCUCCGGUCCAGGAACCUCUUACUCCGUAGUCAAGAGCUACAAGAAGGGAGCCGACGUUGCAAUCACCUGCCAAGCUGCUGGUACCACCGUCAAUGGCAAUGAAAUCUGGGACAAGACCUCCGACGGUUGCUAUAUCGCCGACUACUAUAUCAGAACCGGGAGCAGCAGCUAUGUCACCAAGAAAUGCGGCGGCGGAGGUGGCAGUGGUGGCGGUAGCAGUGGAAACCUUCCUGGUCUCACAUCCACUCAGUCUAAGCAUGCAAAGGCUAUCAUUGGAGAAGCAAAGAAAGAAGACUUGGGUCGUCAAGGCUGUCUUGCUGGAAUUGCAACUGGGCUUGUUGAGUCUAAUAUGCUUAUCUACGCUAAUAAGAAAGUCCCUGCUUCCCUCAAGUAUCCGCAUGAUGCUGUGGGAUCGGACUAUGACAGCGUGGGCAUUUUCCAGCAACGCGCUAUCUACUACCCGGAUAUUGCUGCUGAUAUGGAUGCUGCGAAGUCGGCGGCUCAGUUCUUUAAGGGCAUGAAGAACGUUAGUGGUUGGAAGACUAUGGAAGUUGGCAAGCUUUGCCAGAAGGUGCAGGGCUCGGCGUUUCCCAGUCGAUAUGCGGAACGUGUUGCUGAGGCUAAGAAAAUUUGUGUUGCUGGUGGCUUGUAG